AUGAGCAACAGCGUGGACGUCGCCCAGCCCGUCGUUGGUGAACAGCCACGUGGUCGCGUCCCGCCCGGCAACUCAACCGGCGACUUAACCUUGAGGGAGAAGCCAUCCGACCAGGAACUCCAGGUCGACGCAAAGACAAAGUCUCGCAAGCCAGGAGAAACAUGGAAGGCUCAGGAGGUUCAUGACAUACCAGAAAACAACCUUAAGCUCGUCUUUCCUGGACUGAUGCUUACUACCUUCCUUGCCGCAAUGGACCAAACCAUUGCCGCAGUCGCUCUCCCAACCAUCGUCAAAGACAUCGGUGGUGAGAGCGGCUAUAGCUGGGUCGGAACUGCAUACCUACUAGGUUCUGCAUGUUUCUCUCCGUUGUACGGUAGGCUCUCCGACAUCAUCGGGCGAAAGCCAAUCCUGUUCGCCUCGAUAUUUCUGUUCCUGUUUGGUUCUGCGAUGUGCGGAGCAGCACAGACCUUCGCAUGGCUUGCAAUCUGUCGAUUUGUCCAGGGUGUAGGCGGAGGUGGCAUCAUCCAGCUCGUACAAAUCACCAUUUCAGACAUAACGAAACUUGAGCAGCGCGGAGCUUUCACUGGUGCUAUCGGCGCUACAUGGGGCAUCGCCAGUGUGAUCGGACCCUUGGUGGGCGGAAUUCUCGCGGACCAUGUCAGCUGGCGAUGGUGCUUCUUCAUCAACCUUCCCGUCGGCGGGGUCGCCGCCGCAGUCCUCCUCACAUGCCUCAAGCUCAACCCAGUCGAGAAAAAAACCUUCCGCCAGUUCUCGCGCGAAACCGACUUCAUCGGCCUCGUCCUGAUCAUCGCAGGCAUUGUCCUCUUCCUCAUCGGCGUUGCCAACGGCGAGAACUCAUGGACAUCCGCGUACACGCUCUCCACGAUGAUCAUCGGCAUCGCGUGCCUCGUCGGCGGCUCGGUCAACGAGGUGUACACGUCCCGACAGCCCGUCGUGCCGCCGCGCCUGUUCCGCACGCGCACGACAGCGGGCAUUCUGUGCUCCGUUUUCAUCCACGGGCUCGUGUUUUUCGCUGCGAACUACUACAUCCCCGUGUACUUCCAGAUCUUGGGGAGCAGCGCGACAAUGGCAGGGAUCAAAAUGAUGCCAUUCACCGUUGGCGGUGCUAUUCUGAGCAUCAUAACUGGUCUUAUUGUCUCGAAAACGCAGGACUACCGAUGGACCAUCUGGGCGGGAUGGGUCAUCAUGAUCGCCGGUUUUGGCGCCAUGAUCACCCUAGACGAAACCUCAUCCCUCGCCGUCCAAGACAUCCUAAUCCUCAUCGUCGCAGGCGGAGCCGCCUGCCUCUUCCAGCCUCCCCUGAUCGCCAUGCAAGCCGCUAUGCCUCUCAAGGAAAUGGCGACGACCACGGGAGCGUACGUCCUCGUCCGCGUCCUCGGCGGCACCGUUGGCAUAUCCAUGGGCGGCGCCAUCUACGCGAGCGAGCUCAGGAGGCGCUUGCCUGGCAUCGCUGGAUAUGACCCAUCUACUGGGUACGCGGACACGAACAACCUCGCGGGGCUCGUUCAGAUACAGCCGCCUGAAGUGCGCCAGCAAGUCUUACAUGCUUACACCCGGAGCGUGUCCACGAUAUGGCUCGUUUUCACGCCUCUCGUCGGCGUCGGCUUCCUCUUUAGUCUUCUGAUCCGCAAGUACUCAAUGCAGCGCAAGACUGCCCAAAAUGCUGCAAAGCCCGACGACCCAGAAAAGGCGGUCACGACGACGACGACGAUACCUGCACCCGCCGGCAUGGGUGCCGAGCUCGCUGACCUGCCAGAACAGCCAGCGACCACGGAGGCGGCCGCGGCGCAAGAGGUGGAAGACAGCGAUGAAAAGGACUCUCAAGAGAACGACUCCAAGGUCUAG